CGUGUCUGGGGCGUUACACUGGGACUGCCCGGUUGUGUCCGGGUAAGAUGGCGUUGGAAGAGCAGUGCUCGGCACCACCUCGAUGGCGGUCCAUAUCUCUGACACACGUAGAGUUCCCCGAGGAUGAUCUGACGGGACAAGUGCUGGCCUACAUCAGUCUCCUGCCGAUAGCGAUCCUUGUGGGUUUUGUUACACUUAUAGUGUUUAAACGGGAGCUGCACACGAUUUCCUUCUUCGGUGGGCUCAUCCUGAAUGAAGGGGUGAACUGGGUGCUGAAGCACAUUCUCAGAGAGCCGCGCCCAUGUGCAGGGGCUCACACAACCCUGCACACAGAGUAUGGGAUGCCCUCCAGUCAUUCCCAGCUUAUCUGGUUCUUUGUUGUUUACUUCUUUCUUUUCCUUUAUUUAAGAAUGCAUCAAACGAACAAUGCUCGAUGUGUGGACCUGCUGUGGAGACACAUACUGUCCAUCAUCCUGUUGGGCAUGGCCUUAUCAGUCUCAUACAGCAGAGUCUACCUGUUGUAUCACACCUGGAGCCAGGUUUUCUGUGGUGGAGUGGCUGGUAGUUCGAUUGGCAUACUCUGGUUCUUUAUCACACAAGAGGUGCUGACACCAUUAUUCCCCAAAAUAGCAGCGUGGCCAAUAUCAGAGUACUUCCUGGUACGAGACACAAGCCUGAUCCCCAACAUCUUAUGGUUUGAGUAUACAGUGACCAGAUCAGAGGCAAGGAACAGACAGCGAAAGCUUGGAACAAAACUUCAGUGAUCUACACAGUUCUUUUGUGAAACUGAGUUUAGGACCACACACACGCACACACACACACACACACACACUCUCACAAACACACACAGACAAAUGCUUACUCGACAAAAACACACUGGAGAACCAUCUUUUGGACUGACAUGGUUGCAAGGAGUAAAGGGCAAAAACCGUUUACAGGUGGUGAAAGAGUGCCUGGACCUGGCCCGGAGCCUACAGCCUGAGCAAGUCCGUCCACACGCCUCUCCUUCUUGUACAGCUUGCCCAAAAUGCUCUUCAGUGCAUGCAAGACUGUGCAAGAGGCAUACUAUUUAAUGAUAGAUUAAUAUAUAGAUUUUAACUAUAAACGCACGCUGACAGUAACAGUGUACUGUAAGAGAUUCGAGGAGCCAAAAAGGAGGCUUUGGUCAAGUUUCAAACAAAUUGGUGGGCGUCAUUGCAGCAUGUAUUUAGUGAUUCCUUUUAUUUUUUUCUUUAUUUUUUAUUAUUUUUUUUUUUAAUAUUCUGAUGAAUAGCUGGUGGGACACGGCGGGUGGGGGGGUUGGUUAUGGCUAGGUUGGGGGUAUGUGGAAUUAACCAUUUUUCAAUGUUAUAUAAUAGAAAAUGAACAAUUUCUAAAAUUGGUUAUGAUGUAAUAUAAAUGAAAAUUUGCACUUUGUGAAAUUUACAAGUCGGAAAAAAAAAAAAAAGACUAACACUAGUUAAAUGUUAAGACCCUCUCCCUCUUUUCCCUCAUCAGUCUUUGCUUUGUGUCUUUGACUGUCAGUCCUAACAUAUUAGACUCCAAAGCUGAUCUGCAAGCAGUGUAAAUUUAAUGUACCUUCUGUACUAUUGAGCACCGUGGUUGGCUUGUGGUUCCUGUUCAUAUCCACGUUUGAGGAUAAUGAGACUGAAUCACAGCAGCAGGUUUCAGUUGUUUUUGUUGUUGAACACACUUUGGACUGAGGUGGUGUUUUUCUUAAUGCCUCACACACAGUAGCAGCCUGGGAACAGACUUCUGGGAAUCAUUUUUUUUUUUUCUUUUUCUUUUUCUUUUUUUAAUUCCGUUUCUUAUCUUGUUUUCUGGAGUUGCAGAGAACAGUUUUCUUCUUACCUGCAUUUCCAAGAUAACAUUCCAUAUCAUUUUAGUGAGAAAACAUAUAAUGAGUGCUGAGGGGAUAUGUUUUCUUUUUGUAUUAUUUUUUGAAGAAAGGAAAAAAAAAAAAAGAAAAAAAAAGCCUCAGGUCAGUCGUAGCAUGUGAUUAUGCUUAAUUCCUCACAGCCCACGGCAGCUAAUGUUGAAAGCUGUCAAGUGGGGAUCUGAAGCUGAUUUAAAACUGUCAUAUCAUUAGCUCCACAAAGGGAAGUAGUUCUCUUAGAAUUUGAUUUUUUUCCAUGUGUAACCUAUAUCAGGCUGAAUAAAAAUGUGUUUAUGUACAAUA